GUCAAUAUGAAAUCUAAUUUAAUACUAAAUUUGAUAUUAUUGGCCUCAACAAGCCUCAGUGAGACGUUUAAGAAUAGUUCAAUCAUUUCACAAGUACCCAGUUAUAGUGUACAGUUUACGAGGAGGACAUUUGUUACUCCAGACGAAGUUAACGAUAUUCUCAAGGCUGGCGAAAUAUCUAUUGACGAAUAUACUCAAGAAGUGAGCCAUCCACUUGUUGUUGCAGACGUCGCACUUCGUGAACCCAUAAUACCUAUCGAUUCUAUUGAACCUUGCACACCUCAUAUUUUCACUUUAUACCCAAAUUUCAGCUUCAUGUGCUUAGUUCCAUCUAACAAGAUGAGCAAACCUAUUGUUGCGCCAGAACCGCAAGUCCCUAAUAUUCAGGAUGUCAGUAAACUUUUGGAUCGUAUACGAGAGGAUUGUGUCCUUUAUCAACCAGGUGGUUGGUGGAGUUAUAGAAUCUGUUUCAAUAGGAAAAUAGAACAAUUUCAUGCGAAGCUUACACCUGUCGUAUCUGACGACCUUCAACAAUAUGCUUGGAAGACUGAAUUCGAUACCAACUCAUCAUCAUAUAUACUUGGUAGAUCGCCCGUUGAUAACUCAAAAAAUAUUUCAGAAACGAAAGAGUUGUCUGCUAAUCAAGACAAUUCGCCUGCAGAUCCUCCAUUGAAGUUCCAAUCUAAUGGAUUUCAAAAGUAUAUAACAGAAGAAUGGAAAGGUGGUCAGAUUUGUGAUAGAACAGGUGAUCCUAGGAGUACCACAAUCGAGUAUUAUUGUCUACCUGGAUUAAAACAACCAAAAGUCGUGUCAAUCCAAGAAAUAACUACGUGCAAUUACGUUAUGCAAAUUCAACUCGAUCAACUCUGUGAAAUACCUGUAUUCAAUGAUCUCAAGAUUAAGGAAGAUGUAAGAGCUAUUCAAUGUAUACCUAUAUUGGAGAAUGGCAGUAAGUGGCCAGACUUACUUGUUGAAGAAGACCUUGGGUAUGAUGAUUAUAAUGAUGAUAAUCAACUUGAAUCACCUGACGCAAAUGAAUUGAUUAAUAAUGAAAAGUUGGAAAGUCUUAGUAGGGAAGAUUUGAUUAGUAUCAUUGCACGUGCUCAAUUACAAUAAUUAAUAUAAUAUAUAAGAAAUUUAAAGCAGAUGUUGUAUCUAUAUUAACAAUUGUACAAAAUGGAAAGCUAAACUAGUUAGUUGGUAAUUGAUUUUUCAAGUUUUGAUUUGAUAUGUUCCAGGAAAGCGUCUGUGUUGACAAAAUGUUCAUCACGGAGGUUUUGGACACCACCUUGGAUUGAAACCGCCAAAUCCUUGGUAACGACACCGUCCUUAUCAAUUGUGUCGACGCAGAUCUUUUCGAGAUUUUCGGCGAAUUCUUUUAAUUCGUUGUUGUUGUCUAAUUUGGCUCUGUGAGCUAAACCUCUAGUCCAUGCAAAAAUUGAUGCCACUGGGUUAGUUGAAGUUGGUUUACCUUGUUGAUAUUGUCUCCAAUGACGUGUAACGGUACCGUGAGCUGCUUCAGCUUCAAGGGUUUUACCAUCGCUAGUAAUCAACUCUGAAGUCAUCAUACCCAAGCUACCGAAACCUUGAGCGAGAAUGUCUGAUUGGACGUCACCAUCGUAGUUUUUACAUGCCCAGACAAAACCACCUGAUGACUUGACUGAUUGUGCAACCAUAUCGUCAAUUAGUCUAUGUUCAUAAGUGAUAUUGGCUUCUUGGAAUUGUUUCUUAUAAUGAUUUUCGUAAACGUCAGCGAAGAUAUCCAUGAAUCUACCAUCAUACUUUUUGAGAAUAGUGUUCUUAGUUGACAUGUAUAAAGGCAUCUUUUUAGCUAAAGCAGUUUGGAAUGAAGAAUGCGCGAAACCGAUGAUAGACUCAUCAGUGUUAUACAUUGCCAUAGCUACACCUCUACCUUUGAAGUCGUAGACUUGUAACCUUUGUGGUUCACCACCUUCUGGUGUAUAAACUAAUUCAAGUUUACCGGGUUUAUCAGCGAUUAAAUCGGUUGAACGAUAUUGAUCACCGAAAGCGUGUCUACCAAUAACAAUAGGUUCUCUAAAAACGGUACCACCAAUAAUAUUCCUAAUCGUGC